ACCAUGGGGGCACCGGGGAGCCCCGCGCUGCUGGCGCUGCUCCUGCUGGCCGCCGCCGCCGCGGCGCGUCAGGAGCUGCAAGUUAUCGACCUGCUGCUGGUGAGCGAGGCUCGGCAGAUGGCCAGCGUGGCCCACAAGAUCCGCAUGGAGCUUCUGACUGUCAACGACGUGUACCUCCUGUCCACCUUCCGCCUGCCCCCCAAGCAGGGCGGGACCCUCUUCGGCCUCUACUCCAAGAAGGACAACACCCGGUGGCUGGAGGUGUCUGUCGUGGGGAAGAUUAACAAAGUCCUGGUGAGGUACCUGCGGGAGGACAACAAGGUGCACUCGGUCAACCUGCAGCACGCACAGGUGGCGGACGGGCAGAGCCACUCUGUCAUCGUGCGCCUGAGCGGGCUGCGAAGGGACACGCUGAGCGUGGAGCUCUACGUGGACUGCAAGCAGAUGGACUCCAGCGUGGGGCUGCCCGAGCUCUCCGAGAUCCCCCUGGCCGAGGUGGAGUCCAUCGAGGUGCGCACGGGGCUGAAGGCCUACCAGAGGAUGCAGGGGUUUGUGGAGUCCAUGAAGCUGAUCCUGGGAGGGUCCAUGAGCCGUGUAGGGGCCCUGAGUGAGUGCCCUUUCCAAGGAGAUGAGUCCAUUCACACUGCAGUGACGAGCGUGCUGGCCUCCAUCCUGGGUGAGCAGACCAAGGCAUUGGUCACGCAGCUGACCCUCUUCAACCAGGUCCUGACCGACUUGAGGGAAGACAUUAGGGACCAGGUGAAGGAGAUGUCUCUGAUCCGCAACACCAUCAUGGAGUGCCAGGUCUGCGGUUUCCACGAGCACCGCUCCCGCUGCAACCCCAAUCCCUGCUUCAGCGGCGUGGACUGCAUGGAGACCUACGAGUACCCCGGGUACCGCUGCGGGCCCUGCCCGCCGGGGCUGGAGGGCAACGGCACACACUGCGCUGACAUCGAGGAGUGUGCCCAUGCCAACCCCUGUUUCCCCGGCUCCAAGUGCAUCAACACGGCCCCCGGGUUCCGCUGUGAGCCCUGCCCCCGUGGCUAUCGAGGCAACACCGUCUCUGGCGUGGGGGUGGACUAUGCCAAGGCCAGCAAGCAGGUUUGCACAGAUAUCGAUGAAUGCAACGAUGGGAACAAUGGGGGCUGCGACCCCAACUCCAUCUGCACCAACACGCUGGGCUCCUACAAGUGUGGGCCCUGCAAGUCGGGCUUUGUGGGCAACCAAACGUCUGGCUGCAUCCCGCAGAGGUCCUGCAGCACUCCCACCUCCAACCCCUGCGACAUCAACGGCUUCUGCCUGUUUGAGAGGAACGGCGAGAUCUCCUGCGCAUGCAACGUGGGCUGGGCUGGCAAUGGCAAUGUGUGUGGGCCAGACACAGACCUGGAUGGGUACCCGGACGAGCCCCUGCCCUGCAUCGACAACAACAAACACUGCAAGCAGGACAACUGCCGCCUGACGCCCAAUUCCGGGCAGGAGGAUGCUGACAACGACGGAAUUGGGGACCAGUGUGAUGAUGACGCUGAUGGUGAUGGUGUCAAGAAUGUGGAGGACAACUGCCGGCUCUUCCCCAACAAGGACCAACAGAACUCGGACACUGACUCCUUCGGGGACGCCUGUGACAACUGCCCCAACGUUCCCAACAAUGACCAGCGGGACACGGACAGCAACGGCGAGGGGGACGCUUGUGACAAUGACAUCGAUGGGGACGGUGAGCCGCUCUUGGGCUGGCCUGGCCGUGCCAGGGGGGUGUCUCAGCAGGGUGGGGGAGGACAUCCACUCAGCACUAUCCUUGCAGGGAUACCCAACAUGCUGGAUAACUGCCCCAAGGUGCCCAACCCUCUGCAGACCGAUCGGGACGAGGACGGUGUUGGGGAUGCCUGUGACAGUUGCCCUGAAAUGAGCAACCCCACUCAGGUAUGGCUGGGGCCAGGCUGGGCCUGGGAUGAUUGGGGCCUCCCCCUCCUCGCCCCAGGAUGUCCACUGAACUCGGGUUCUGCUCUCCUCCAGACAGAUAUGGACAGUGACCUGGUAGGAGACAUCUGUGACACCAAUGAGGACAGCGAUGGGGAUGGGCAUCAGGACACCAAGGACAACUGCGCUGAGAUCCCCAACAGCUCCCAGCUGGACUCGGACAACGACGGGCUGGGGGAUGACUGUGACAACGACGAUGACAACGAUGGCAUCCCGGAUUAUGUGGCGCCUGGCCCAGACAACUGCCGCCUCAUCCCCAAUCCCAACCAGAAAGACUCAGACGGGAAUGGCGUGGGUGACGUCUGCGAGGAGGACUUCGACAACGACACGGUGGUGGACCAGCUGGACGUGUGCCCCGAGAGCGCCGAGGUGACGCUGACCGACUUCCGCGCCUACCAAACCGUCAUCCUGGACCCCGAGGGGGACGCCCAGAUCGACCCCAACUGGGUGGUGCUGAACCAGGGCAUGGAGAUCGUGCAGACCAUGAACAGUGACCCGGGUUUGGCUGUGGGUUACACAGCCUUCAACGGGGUAGACUUUGAGGGCACCUUCCACGUCAACACCAUCACCGACGAUGACUACGCCGGCUUCAUCUUCAGCUACCAGGACAGCGCCAGCUUCUACGUGGUGAUGUGGAAGCAAACGGAGCAGACCUACUGGCAAGCCACUCCCUUCCGUGCUGUGGCCGAGCCAGGGCUGCAGCUCAAGGCAGUGAAAUCCUCCACGGGCCCCGGGGAGCACCUGCGCAAUGCGCUGUGGCACACGGGCCACACGCCCGACCACGUUCGCCUGCUCUGGAAGGACCCCAGGAACGUGGGCUGGAGGGACAAGACGUCCUACCGCUGGCAGCUGGCACACAGGCCCCAGGUGGGCUACAUCAGGGUCCGUCUGUACGAGGGCCCGCAGCUGGUGGCGGACUCCGGUGUGAUCAUCGACACCACGAUGCGCGGGGGCCGGCUGGGGGUCUUCUGCUUCUCCCAGGAGAACAUCAUCUGGUCCAACCUGCAGUACCGCUGCAACGACACGAUCCCCGCCGACUUCGAGCCCUUCCGCCGGUUCCUGCUGGAGGGACGCGAGUGACCGCGCCCGCCACGGGCCUCCCCCGCCAGCGGCACCGGUGGCGCUCCGCGCUCCCGCCACCGGCGGCACCCGGGGGCGCACCGGGCCCCGCCGCUCCUCCCGGCCGGGCCCCGUUCCCGGCCUCCCGCGGACUUUGCACUGCCAGUACCGGGGCCCCGCAGUGCCGGGGCUCCCGCCACGCCUGCCCCGGGCGCUCCGGUCCUUGCCCCACGCCUGGCCAUAAAGUUUUGAGUGUUUUCUA